CGUACCGUUGCCAAACAAUGAGCAGGAAAAAGCCACGUUGACGACGAAGUCGAGUGAAGUCAGCAUUAACGUUACCUUUUGCCUGGGAAACGGGAAAAUCACCCCUGAAAUAUAUUGUCUUGGCUUUCUUCUUAACUAAUUAGAAUAAGAAUAGAGAUGUCUUCACCUCCUAAAGAGAAAAUCGAAACCAAAGCUGGACAUCUCCCUGCUGUGAAAGUGGGAGGUAUGAGGGUGGUUCAAAAGCACCAGGCCGCUGGUGAACCAGCUCCACCAGAGAAGAAGGAAGACGACGACGAUGAAGAAUACGUCAGCAGCAGUCCACCAAAGCCAACGGUUGUCAUCUCAGGAGUAGUUGCCAAGGGCGAUAAGGACUUCACCCCGGAGGCGGCACAGGUGGCCCACCAGAAGCCCGUCCCAGGGGUGCAGAAACUGCCCUCGGCUCACCACAUCAACCAGCACAUCCACCAACCACGCAAGUGAGCCCCCACGCAGGAACGCCGCACCGCACCGCGGGACGACAUGGGACCACACCAAAGCCCAGUCACAUCAACCAGCGCACCAACCCAAUCAAACGACCCGACCAAUGCAUUAACCCAACCAAACGACCCGACCAAUGUGUCAACCCGACCCGACCCCAUAACUCACCAGUCCAAACGACCCGACCCAACUCAACCAAACAACCAACCAGUCACUCAACAAACAAACCAAAUUGCCCAACCAAAUCCCUCAACAAACCCAUCGCACCCAUCCACCAAUCCGAACAAACAACCAGGUCACUCGACUAACCAACCAACGAAUCAUCUCCACCACCUGCCUGCCCGCAAGUGCUCAGGUUACCCAGGGACCACUGCGCCUCGCCAGGCAUUCCUUAUGAUCACGCUCGUGCCCUAAGCCCCGCCUACACACUAGCCUUCGUCCAAUCACCAUAGCCAGAACAGAUACACUCUCUCCUGUCUCCGUGCAGAUGAUGACCGUGAUGAUGAUGAUGAUGAUGAUUAUGAUGAGAACACUAAAACUGUUCAGGGUUUAAUAUCAGAGUAAUUUUAUUUAGAUUGAACAUAUUCUUGUAAUGUUAAGGGGAUGUAUUUAAUAAGAAAAUUAGAAGAUUUUUAUUUUUAUUUCUUUUUUUUUUUUGUCCUGUUUGACACAUUAUUUUCUGGAAUUGUGUAAAUUGUAUAAAACCUAAGUGAUGUCAUGUGAAAGGAUUGUGAUGUUAGAGGAGUUAGGCUUUAGUCUACGUGUGGCUGUUGGAAUAAAAAUAGAACAUGAUCAAAACAAAAAAAUGCCAAUUCUGAGCACCUAUGUCCCUUAACUAACAGUGUGGUGCUUACAACGCUUCUAUGUGCUUAGUCCCCCCUGAGACUGAACACAGAUGAUUGCUAUUCCUUCAUUAUAAUAUCUAUUGUGUUGGAUAAAUACAUCUGGUAUUUGACGCCA